AUGGCGGCAGCCGUGAGUGAGGCUGCGGAGGCGAAGGAGAAGGCCGCCGGCGAGAAGGGAGGUGGAGGGGACGACAGCGAGGAGGACGAUGUCUUCGAGGUGGAGAAGAUCCUGGACGUGAAGUCUGAAGGGGGCAAAAUACUAUACAAAGUGCGAUGGAAAGGAUAUACAUCAGAUGAUGAUACGUGGGAACCUGAAGUUCAUUUAGAAGACUGUAAAGAAGUACUUCUUGAAUUCCGAAAGAAAAUAGUGGAUACUAAACCUGUUAAAAAAGAGGUACCGAAGCUGCCUUUAAAUGAUGAUUUAUUUGAAGCAGAUUCUGAAGCAGACAGUGACAGGCAAAGUGAUACAAAAGGAGACCUGUCUCCACACAAGAAAAAGAAAAAAUCUAAAGAGAGGGAGGACAAAAACCAAGAUGAGAUGAGAAAGAAAAAGUCUAAAUUGGUAAAAGGCAAAGACAGACCUGGGCUAGAAUGUGAAAAUUCCUCUGACAGUAUGGCUUCAGAUUCAAAACCAAAGAAAAGGACUUCAGAGGUAAAAGAGGAUUCAAAAGUUUCCAAAAAACAGAGGAGAGAAGAUUCAAAAGACAGCAGUAAAAGGAAGGGAGAGUUUAAAGAUAUAAAGAAAAAAACAAAAGAGGAAUCUAAAGAAAAUAAACAUUUUCAAAAGGAUAAAUCCAGUGCUCCGCAGUUAGAUAUUGAACCCAGCUUGCUGGAUGAUUCUUUUUCUCGUGGUGUCGAUUAUGAAACUCUGGAGUUGGACUCUGACAGCAGUGAGGAAAAACAUAAAAUAUUUCCCGGCAAAGAUCAGGCCAAAGAGGAAAGCACGCCACGGGUUCCAGCUGUUGAAAAGCAGCCAGACAGUUCAACAAGCACAGACGAUAGUUCUGAAGUGAAAGUGAAGAGAAAGAAGAAGAAACACAAAAGGGCCGAGGAGUCUGAGGACAGUAGAAAAGUGGACACCAAAGACAAACAUCUGGAGAAGAAAAGCAUGCACAAAAAGCAGAAGCCGCCAGAGAAAGCAAAAUCGGCCACUGAGCUGGAGCAUAAGAGAUCUGCUACGCCUGCCCCAGUGCAGAAAGGCUCAAAACUGUCCAAUGAUGAGCGAGGGCACAAAUCUACAGACUCUGCAGGGGAGCUGAGCAGUCAUGUGAAGCAGAAGAACAAAGAGCCAAAAUCAGGCCAGUCCCACACAAGGGAUGCGCUGCUGCAAAAGUCUGCUGUUUCGGACGGCAAAGAGAAAAGUGCAAACUGGAGAGCUGAUGAGGAGAAAAUGAAAGAGAGGCAUUCUCUAGGGGAAAGUCUGUUUGAGAAAUUUGUCCUGGAUUCCGACGGCAGUAAAGGAGGGAGCACAGUCAGCAAGAAGGGGCUCUCUAAAAAUGAUUUGAAUGCAGAGGACGUCUCCAAGGACAGAAGCACGUUAUCAAAGGAGAAGGAAGCCAAAAAAAGUGAAGUUAAAGAUAAACCCCAAAAGAGACACGACUCUGAAAAGGAAGAAAAAAGAAAAGAACAGAAGGGGUUCAAAAGUUUGAAAGAGAUGAAAAGUGCAUUUGAUGUGUUUAACAUCUCUUCAGAAGAAAAAAACGAAUAUUUGGACAAUCGGAAGAGAGAGGACUCUGUGCAGGACUGUCGAUCUACAGAGGAACUGAAAUUGAGAGAUAGGUAUAAGGAUAGCAGGAGCACAAGGGAUGAGACGGAUACUUGGGCUUACAUUGCUGCAGAGGGUGACCGUGAUGCUGUUGAGGAUUGUUCAGAGGUGAAGCAACAAACUGUGAACUUGGGGAUGGAUAUGCAACUCGAAUGGCUAACUCUAGAAGAUUUUCAGAAGCACCUUGAUGGAGAAGAUGAGAACCACUUGGCAGUGGAAGCAGUAUCCUCCACUCAGCUGCGUGAUGCUGUUAAAAAUGGACAUUAUGCUACAGUAAAGAUGGCACUUACUUCCAAUGAAGAGUAUAAUCUCGACCAGGAGGAUUCUAGUGGAAUGACUCUUGUGAUGCUCGCUGCUGCAGGAGGUCAUGACGACAUCCUUCGACUUCUCAUCUGGAAAGGAGCUAAAGUGAACUGCAGACAGAAAAACGGAACUACCGCGCUGAUUCAUGCAGCGGAAAAGAAUAACCUAACGACUGUUGCUAUCCUUUUGGAAGCUGGGGCGUGUGUGAAUUUGCAGCAGAACAGUGGUGAAACUGCUUUAAUGAAGGCUUGUAAGAGAGGAAAUUACGAUAUUGUCCGCCUUAUGAUUGAAAGUGGAGCAGACUGCAAUAUUUCAUCAAAGCACCAGAGCAACGCCCUUCAUUUCGCUAAACAGUGUAAUAACUUGCUGGUGCACGAGCUCCUAAGGAGUCACUUGGCCAUGCUCUCACGAGUGGCAGAAGAGACAAUCAGGGAAUACUUCGAAGCCCGUCUUAGUUUGAUGGAAUCUGUGUUUGAUAUUGCAUGUCAUCGGCUUUGUGAGGGACCAGAUUUCUCUUUGGAUUUCACCUAUAAGCCCCCGCAGAAUGUGCCAGAGGGAUCUGGAAUUCUUUUAUUCAUUUUCCACGCAAACUUCUUUGGGAAAGAGGUUGCUGCUCGGCUCUGUGGACCAUGCAGUGUGCUAGCUGUUGUUUUGAAUGACAAAUUCCAGCUGCCUGUGUUCUUGGAUAGUCACUUUAUUUACUCCUUCAGCCCUAUUCCAGGCCUUAACAAACUCUUCAUACGUUUGUCAGACGCUCCUACUGUCAAGGUAAAGCUGCUCAUUGGUGCAUACAGAGUACAGUUGCAGUGACCUCACAAAACUAACACUGAUGCAAUUCUUUUGUUGGAGUACUUUCUCGAUUUUU